AGUUUGGGUAUCAAUGAUCUAUUCAACUUCGACUUUUUGGACCCACCCCCGUCAGAGACCAUGAUUCGAUCACUAGAACAGCUUUAUGCUUUAGGCGCUUUGAAUGCUCGAGGUGAAUUGACAAAGCUUGGACGUCGCAUGGCUGAACUUCCAAUGGAUCCAAUGUUAUCAAAGACCAUUUUGGCUUCUGAGAAAUACGACUGUUCAGAAGAAGUCGUCUCCAUUUGCGCUAUGUUGUCAGAACAAAGCUCUCUUUUGUAUCGACCAAAGGAAAAGAAGAUCCUCGCCGACACCGCUCAUCAAAAUCUCAUUCGUCCUGGCGGUGACCAUCUUACUCUCCUCAAUAUUUGGGAUCAAUGGGUGGAAACAGAAUAUUCUAUGCAGUGGUGUUAUGAGAACUUCAUUCAACACCGAACCCUUGGACGGGUUCGAGAUGUUCGUGAUCAAUUGGUUGGAUUGAUGGAUCGUGUCGAACUCAAACUGACCAGCAAUCCAAAUCCUGCUGACACCAACCCAAUUCGUAAAGCUAUCACAGCCGGAUACUUUUACAAUGGAGCGAGAUUGAACAAAUCUGGAGACUCAUAUCGCACCAUCAAGCAAAAUCAAACUGUCCACAUUCAUCCAAGUAGUAGCUUGCUUGAAAAGCGACCACGAUGGGUGUUGUAUUAUGAAUUGGUACUGACGAGCAAGGAAUACAUGCGCCAAGUUCUGGAAAUCCAACCCGAGUGGUUGAUGGAAGGUAAGCAAGUGCUGUUGUGUGUAUAACGUGCUUUAUCCUGUUAACUCACAAGCAUUUAUCCUCAGUUGCACCGCAUUUCUACAAGCAAGAAGAUCUUGACAAUCUCGACGACA